GUGGGGGAGCAACAGAUUCACAUCUCCCACAAUUCACUCCUCUCUUUUCCUUUUCUUUUCUUUUCUUUGCGCCCUCUCUCUCUCUCUCUCUCUCUGCUCCCUUGCCUACCCCCGAUGCACCACCAUUCAACUUGUCCUCUUGAGAGACUCACUACUUCUAAUAUUCUAUUCUCUCUCUCUCCUUGUUUCUGAAAUGUGUGUGCGUGUGAAGGUGUCACUUUACUUGGUCUUAACAACAUGAAUGAAUGACAUCUUUCUAUUUCUUUCUUUAGUUUUUAUGCCCACUUUCUUUCUUUCUUUUCCUUUUCCCGAACGAAACGAAACGAAAACCCUCCCUUGCCUUGCCCCUGGGCUGAGCAGCCUGCCUCAGCAGCCAUACUUGUACUUGUUCUUGCUUUGCUUCCUUCAAGUGGUAAUGCCAUCGCUCGUACCAGGAUAUGUCUGUCACACGUCGGUAAUGCUAUCUGUCAACAAGUGAAAGCCGACAUUACUUUCUCUCUGCACAUCGUACCCCUCCCCUCGCGCACACCCUCUUCUGUCUUCUUCCUUAACUGAUCCUGGGAUUUCCUUAGACUUAAUUUGUACUCUACAAGCAACCAUCACAUCACCUUCCUCUACUUCAUAACCACUCCAGAUUUUCAAGCAACAAGUCAAAGUUUGGAAAUUUGGUGACAUAUGAAAACCCCAGAAGGAGAUUUAAUUAACAGCAGAUCUCUGAAUGCGCUGAGAAAAGAUGCUUCUUUGAUUGCAAGGAAGAUUCAGAGAAACUAACAGACAGAAGAAGGGAGUGAUUAAGCUUUCCUUUUCUCAAGAUUGAUUCAACUGCAAUUAUAAUGCAGAGAGAGCUUUAGAGGGCUAAGUGAGAAUCUUGCAUGUUGAGCCAAAUCUGAACUCUCAGAUUAACCCCAAAAGGCUAAAAAUAAAAAUAAAAUGAAGAAACACUGGAGGAUAUCAUCACAAAGGCAACCACCCAAAGCCAUGAUUAGAAUAUUUGGUUAUGUAUUGCUGUUGCUGCUGUUAUUUAUGCCAUCAUCAUCACAAGCCAGAGAGUUAUCUUCACAGCAAAGUAGCAAUAAUGAAGUUGUGGGGUUAUUAGCCUUCAAGAAAUCCUCUGUUCAAUCUGAUCCAAAGAACUUAUUAGCCAACUGGUCUCCCAAUUCUGCAACUCCAUGUUCGUGGUCAGGCAUCUCUUGCUCUCUUGGUCAUGUCACCACUCUCAACCUCACCAAAGCUGGUCUCAUUGGAACCCUAAACCUCCAUGACCUCACUGGGGCCUUGCAAUCUCUCAAACAUCUUUAUUUGCAAGGAAAUUCAUUCUCUGCUACUGAUCUUUCUGCUUCCCCAUCCUGUGUUCUUGAAACUAUUGACUUGUCUUCAAACAAUCUCUCCGACCCUCUUCCAAGAAACUCCUUUUUAGAGUCUUGUAUUCAUCUCUCUUAUGUUAAUCUCUCUCACAAUUCCAUUUCUGGUGGUACCCUUCGAUUUGGUCCUUCCUUGCUACAACUUGACCUCUCUCGCAAUACUAUUUCUGAUUCUACCUGGUUGACCUAUUCCCUUUCUACCUGCCAGAACUUAAAUCUUCUCAACUUCUCUGAUAACAAGCUAUCUGGAAAACUUGGAGCAACUCCCUCGUCUUGCAAGAGUCUAUCCAUUUUAGACCUAUCAUACAAUCCAUUCUCUGGGGAGAUACCUCCAACUUUUGUUGCAGACUCUCCACCAUCUCUCAAGUAUUUGGAUCUCUCACACAACAACUUCUCUGGCAGCUUCUCCAGCCUUGAUUUUGGGCAUUGUAGCAAUCUUACUUGGCUCAGUUUGUCACAAAAUAGGCUCUCUGGAGAUGGAUUUCCAUUUAGUUUGAGGAACUGUGUGCUUCUACAGACGCUUAACCUCUCCCGUAACGAGCUAAAAUUCAAGAUUCCUGGUUCCUUGUUGGGGAGUUUAACAAAUUUAAGGCAGCUGUCUCUGGCUCACAAUCUGUUUUAUGGUGAUAUUCCUCCCGAGUUGGGACAGGCGUGUCGAACUCUACAGGAAUUGGAUCUAUCAGCAAACAAACUCACAGGUGGCUUGCCGCAAACUUUUGCAUCGUGUUCUUCUAUGCGAAAUCUUAAUCUUGGCAACAAUCUGCUCUCAGGGGAUUUCCUUAGUACUGUUGUGAGCAAACUUCAAAGUCUGAAAUAUCUGUAUGUUCCAUUCAACAACAUCACUGGUACUGUGCCUCUGUCUCUUACAAAGUGUACCAAACUUGAAGUGCUGGACCUCAGUUCUAAUGCUUUUACUGGGGAUGUUCCUUCUAAAUUGUGCUCCUCGUCAAAGCCCACCGCGCUGCAAAAGUUACUCCUAGCUGACAAUUAUCUAUCAGGAAAAGUUCCACCAGAGCUUGGAAGCUGCAAGAACCUGAGGAGCAUUGAUCUCAGUUUCAACAACCUAAUUGGACCAAUUCCCAUGGAGGUUUGGACCUUGCCAAAUCUCUUGGACUUGGUUAUGUGGGCAAACAACCUUACUGGUGAGAUCCCGGAAGGCAUCUGUGUUAACGGAGGAAACCUCGAGACUUUGAUUCUCAACAACAAUCUUAUCACAGGAAGCAUUCCGCAGUCCAUAGGCAAUUGCACCAAUAUGAUUUGGGUUUCCCUUUCCAGCAACCGGCUUACCGGAGAAAUUCCUGCUGGCAUUGGAAAUCUAGUUGACCUGGCUGUUCUCCAAAUGGGUAAUAAUUCACUUACCGGGCAAAUACCACCAGAGCUUGGCAAGUGUCGGAGCCUCAUUUGGCUUGAUUUGAACAGCAACAACCUAACUGGUCCUCUUCCACCUGAGCUUGCAGACCAAGCUGGUCUAGUUGUUCCUGGAAUUGUUUCUGGGAAGCAAUUUGCAUUUGUAAGAAAUGAGGGCGGGACAUCAUGCCGAGGAGCUGGGGGAUUGGUUGAGUUUCAGGGUAUCCGGGCAGAAAGGCUGGAAAAUCUUCCUAUGGCUCACUCUUGCUCAACAACAAGAAUUUACUCUGGCAUGACAGUUUAUACAUUCACCACCAAUGGCAGCAUGAUAUUCCUUGAUCUUGCCUACAACUCACUGUCAGGAGAUAUCCCUCAAAAUUUUGGUUCAAUGAGUUAUUUGCAGGUCUUGAACUUGGGGCAUAAUAAGCUAACCGGAAAUAUUCCAGACAGUUUUGGAGGUUUGAAAGCAAUUGGAGUUCUGGAUCUCUCACACAAUGAUCUCCAAGGAUUUCUGCCAGGGUCUUUAGGGACUCUCUCGUUUCUUAGUGAUCUUGAUGUGUCGAACAACAACCUUACUGGUCCUAUCCCUUCUGGGGGGCAGUUGACAACUUUUCCUCAAUCCAGGUAUGAAAACAAUUCUGGUCUUUGCGGUGUGCCAUUGCCCCCAUGCAGCUCUGGAGACCACCCCCAAAGUCUUAACACUCGGAGAAAGAAGCAAUCCGUGGAAGUAGGUAUGGUCAUUGGCAUCACAUUUUUCAUCUUGUGCGUCUUUGGUCUUUCACUGGCUCUCUAUCGAGUAAAGAAGUACCAGCAGAAGGAAGAACAGAGGGAGAAGUACAUCGAAAGUCUCCCAACUUCAGGUAGCAGCAGCUGGAAACUUUCAGGUGUCCCCGAGCCUUUGAGCAUCAACAUUGCCACAUUCGAGAAACCUCUACGGAAGCUGACUUUUGCCCAUCUACUUGAAGCUACAAAUGGUUUCAGUGCUGAUAGCUUAAUAGGGUCUGGUGGGUUUGGAGAGGUAUACAAGGCACAACUAGGAGAUGGUUGUGUUGUUGCUAUAAAGAAGCUGAUUCAUGUCACAGGACAGGGUGACAGGGAGUUUAUGGCAGAAAUGGAAACUAUCGGGAAGAUCAAGCACCGAAACCUGGUUCCUUUGCUGGGUUAUUGUAAAAUUGGAGAGGAGAGGCUUCUUGUGUAUGAAUACAUGAAAUGGGGGAGUUUAGAGUCUGUUCUUCAUGACAGGUCGAAAGGAGGAUGCUCAAGGCUUGAUUGGGCAGCAAGAAAGAAGAUUGCAAUAGGGUCAGCAAGAGGCCUUGCUUUCCUUCAUCACAGCUGCAUACCUCACAUUAUCCACCGUGACAUGAAGUCUAGUAAUGUUCUUUUAGAUGAAAACUUUGAAGCGCGGGUAUCUGAUUUUGGAAUGGCAAGAUUGGUGAACGCCCUUGAAACACAUCUUAGUGUGAGUACACUUGCUGGAACUCCAGGUUAUGUGCCCCCUGAGUAUUAUCAGAGCUUUAGAUGCACAUCAAAAGGGGAUGUCUACAGCUAUGGUGUCAUACUUCUGGAGCUCCUCUCAGGCAAGAAGCCAAUAGAUUCCGCUGAGUUUGGUGAUGAUAACAACCUUGUAGGAUGGGCAAAGCAGCUAUAUAGAGAGAAGAGAUGCAAUGAGAUAUUAGACCCUGAGUUGAUGACACAAACAUCUGGAGAGGCCAAAUUAUACCAGUAUUUGAGAAUUGCUUUUGAGUGCCUUGAUGACAGACCUUUCAGACGGCCAACCAUGAUUCAAGUUAUGGCCAUGUUCAAAGAGCUUCAGGUAGACUCUGAAAGCGAUAUCCUAGAUGGUUUGUCAUUGAAAGAUGCAAGUAUUGAUGAAUUCAAGGAGGAGUCUAGUUCAUGAUGUUUAGCCUUCGAUUGGACUAGAAGUUGUCUUUGGCACCUUUACUGUGCUCACCUGGAAGUAGAGUUAUUUGCGCUGCUGAACUGGAUAUGGGCUAAUCCUUCAAAUUUCAGCUACUGUAAAUAAUAGAAUGCUGAAAUGACAGAGAGAAAAGUAGCAGGGAAACGGGGAGAGAACAAAGGAAAGGGUCCUCCGGUCGCUAAACGAUCAGUAACUUGAUACUUUUUCCUUUUUUUUCCAUUGAUCAUCAUGGUUAUUACAAAAGACUUGAAACCUUGUCUCUUCACACGAGCUUCUUAUUCUGUCACAGUUUUGCUAACUGAUGUUCCACUAUUUGUUUGUUUAUUUCCAAUUAUUGCUGUUUAUAGGAAGCUAUGAUUUUAGAAAUGAACACACUGUUUUGUAAAGUUGUAGUGAUAGCAUUGUUGGAAAGUAAACCACAAGAGUAUUGCUUGCAUUUAGUA